UAUAAUCGUUUUUUUAUUACAUAUUAGCACUUCUCAACGAAACUAAGAAAGUAAACAAAGAUAAUGUGGCUAUAACAGCAUGCAUAAUAUUCGUCUUAUUUUUGUUUUUCUUUAAUUUUUUGUGUGUGCGCAUCACAUUUAACUCGUAUAAAAUGGUUUCAGGAGACUUCUGGUGUGUAAUAGUGACUGACAGCAAACAGAUGCACGUGAUCGUGAGCAGCAGGUUUCCAUCAAGACGUCAUUUGUGAUGAGCACGCGGCGAAUAAAGCCAACAAAAUCAGUCGACGUUAAUUAAUAUUUCGUCAGAAGUCGUUUGUUUUGUUUUAUUCGGUGUCUGAAGUGUGCGUUUGGCCCUCCUGAUGAACUCGAAGGGGCUUCGUGGUCUUAAAUAAAGGCCAUUAUUCCUGCAAUCAAAUUAAAGCUCAUCUCACACUACCACCAGAGCCACAUUAAAGCUAAAACAAUCCCGCAAUUCAUUUAGCAUGAGCUCCAAUGCGCUCUUGAAAACUGGCCCAUUCUCGCCUUAAUGACAUUAGUCUUAAUAGCCAUUAAUAGUCAUUUAUUUAGAAUUAUAUUUGCGUGCGCGUCUGAUAUCUCAGAAAGAGAUUUCCAACGAGCAAAUAUAAAGAAGUCGAGUGUCCAGGAGAAGGAGGAGGAUGAUGAUGGAAAGGGUUAACGCGGAGGUGCAUUAGAGAUGCAUGGAGGAGCAGAGGGGAGGAGGCGUUCAGCGCUGAGACAUUGUCAUGCAAACAGAGACCACCGCCUCGCCAUUGUCUCCCGGACACCAACUUUAUUAUAAACACACCGCGAGCCGCCCGGCGCAGCAGAGCACCGGAACACCGGCACCGAGAAACACGCGCUGGAUACCGCCAGAAAACUACGCCUUCCGCUGGAGUUUGACGCCGCUGCCGGACACUUCGCGCACCCGAACCCGGAGCAUCCGCCAGCGUCUCCGUCCGCCCUCCACAUGUACAAAAUGGAUUACUCGUAUCUGAACACGUAUGACUCGUGCAUGGCGGCGAUGGAGGCGUCGGCGUACGCGGACUUUAACUCGUGCAGUCAGACCAACACGUUCCAGUACAACCCGAUCCGGACCGGCUUCAGCUCCAACCCGGGUUGCGCGCCGCUCGGCUCGGCCAGCUGCACCCUGGGCGCGCUGAGAGAACACCAGCCCGCGCCGUACUCCACAGUUCCGUACAAGUUCUUCUCGGACCCGUCCGGGCUGAACGAGAAGCGGAAGCAGCGGCGGAUCCGCACGACCUUCACGAGUUCUCAGCUGAAGGAGCUGGAGCGCGUCUUCGCGGAGACUCAUUACCCGGACAUUUACACGCGUGAGGAGCUCGCGCUGAAGAUCGACCUGACCGAGGCGCGCGUCCAGGUUUGGUUCCAGAACCGGCGCGCCAAAUUCCGCAAACAAGAACGCGCCGCCAACUCCAAAGGAGCGAACGCCGCGGCCAACGGCUCCAGCGCCAAGAAGUCUGGCGAGAACCGCUCUUCGUCCGAGGACGACGAGUCGAAAGAGUCGACCUGCAGCCCGACGCCCGACAGCACGGCGUCUCUGCCCAGCUCCGGGAACAUGGGCAGCCCCGGGACCAGCAGCCUGAGCCCCAGCCCGGUGUCGGGCUCCUCGGCCGCCUUCACCAACGCCUCCAUCUCGCCCUCCAUCCACCAGGGCCUGAAGAGCUCGCCGUGGCCCAGCAUCGGCUCGGCCGGGGCGGCCGCUCUGACCCCCGGCGCCGUCCAGACCCAGGACCUGCUGAAAGCCUGGCAGCCGGCGGACAGUAUGGCGGCCGGGCCGUUCGCGGGCGUCCUGUCCUCGUUCCACCGGAAACCCAACACAAUCAAGACCAACCUGUUCUAGAGACUCCGUCUCCGUCGCUCGUCUCCCGCUAGUUCCGUUCUGUCGACCGAUUUGCGUAGAGCUGGACUCCUGACGGUUAAUUUAUUGUCAUGUUGGCGCUUCUGAUGUGCGUGUGUGUCCGUGUGUUAAUCUUACCGUCCAUUCCUUGUCCGUCGGCUCCGUUUCCUCUCAUUUUCUCCUCUUUAUGGAGGCUGAAGAGACGUCUUAUAGAUCCACAUCAUCAUGAAUUGUCAGUAAAUGAGUUCAUUUCCUCUUAAACGAAGGUUCAGAAGCGUUCGUCCUUUAGCAGGAGCUUCAGAAGCAGAAAUCAAUUCAGGUCUUCAGGAAGAGACGUUGAAUGAGAACGAAGUGUAAUGCGAUUAGAGGAGCUGUAACCAAAUAUUCGCAGCAGAUUAUGGGUUUAUUAAUGAUCCCUUCCUAAAUGAGCAGUCUGAGAUCUUACAUAUGAAUAUUCCAGCUUGUUCUUCCAGAAGAGUUUCUGGAUGAGUUUAAUGAUUCUGGAUGAGAAUGAUUUUCUUAUUGAUGAAUGUCUCCACUGAAGCUCUUUGACGAUGGAUUUGAUGUGUGUGUGUGUGUGUGUGUGUGUGUGUGUGUGUGAGACUGAGACCCCAGAACAAGCAUAGUUAAGCCACUUGUAGUUAAUUUAUUGAAGGAAAAAAGAAAAACAAACAAAAAAAAUAUUGGGAUGAUUUUUUUAAGCUAGGCUUUUAUUGAAAAGUAUUUUGUAAAUAUUAAUAUAAAUACAAUGUAGUUUCUUUUUUUUAAUGUUUCCUGGCUCCAGUGCACGCCAUGUGUUUCAUGAAUGAUCUGCUGUAUAUAAUCCAUAAAAAUGACAAAAUAAAGAGUGAAAAGAAAAACCUUCUGCAGUCCCAUCUCGUGUCAGGCGCAUCACAUUCAUACCUGUUUUUUUGGAAUUAGG